GAUUGACACUAACAAGACCAAAACAACCUAGCCAUGGCUAGUUUAAAGUGGCUCAUUUUACUGUUCAUUCUCACGAUAACUGUGUCCAUUAAUAAAGCCAGUCCAACGGAAAACAGGAAUCAGAUCCAAGGGUCCGUCUUUAGUUCCUUUGGGGAAGUGACAAACUUUCUUCGGGAAUGGUUCGCCAAGCUCACCCAAAAUUUAGCCCAGGACUACAAAGAAUAUGGCGGUGCUUCUGGUCAUCGAGAGAAAAGAGACCUAAAACCACCGGUAGACUUUGAAAUUAUUGCACAAGAAUAUUUACUUAAUGAAACACAGCAGUACUUGCAGCAGUUUUUGGGAUAUGCAGCGUACCUAAAUGUUACAAACAAAGAGUCGUUAGACGAAAUUUACCUGCGAGAGGAGCGUCGUCUGUCGGGAAUGUCUACACCAGAACUUCUCAAAUAUAUGACGUCACUGAGUAAAACAUUACGUUUUGGCACCAGUGGGAGUACCAUUAGUAUAAAUGGACAAAAAUUUGACCUCAGUCAUGUUGGAAGUUGGUGUUGUCCCUUUUAAAUUAAACAACCGUGUUU